AUGGCCAGGGCCGCGGCCGUCCUGCUGUCCCUCAUUCUGCAGCUCACGAGCCGGACACUGGCCCAGGGGACCAGCAGAGGUGGGGCCAUCUCAAGGGAGCCCCUUGGCCUUGCUGACGUCCACGACUACCAGUCAGAGGGGCCAGCCCACUCCUCAGCCCCUGCUGGGCCCCCCGAGGAACGGUGGCGCCCCCUGGAGGAGCGGCUGGAAAGGCUGGAGGCUGAGGUCACGGAGCUCAGAGAACAGAACAAGGAUCUGCAGGGCAGGGUGACGCAGCUGGAGUCCUGUGAGUGCCACCCGGCUUCCCCCCAGUGUUGGGGCUUGGGCCGGGCCUGGCCCGAGGGGGCUCGCUGGGAGCCAGAUUCCUGCACAGUCUGUGUCUGCCAGGAUGGGGCUGCAAACUGUGUCCCCAAACCCGGCCCGCCCCACUGCCAUGGCUGCAGCCACAAUGGUCAGGCCUAUGGCAAUGGGGAGACCUUCACCCCAGAUGCCUGCACCACCUGCCGCUGCCUGGCAGGGACAGUGCGGUGCCAAGGGCCCUCAUGCUCAGAGCUGAACUGCCUGGAGAGCUACACCCCACCUGGGGAGUGCUGCCCCGUCUGCUGCACAGAAGAUGGUUCUCACUGGGAGCAUGGCCAAGAGUGGACCACCCCUGGGGACCCCUGCCGGAUCUGCCAGUGCCUGGAGGGCCACAUCCAGUGCCGCCAGCGAGAAUGUGCCAGUCUCUGCCCAUACCCUGCCCGGCCCCUCCCGGGCACCUGCUGCCCUGUGUGUGAUGGCUGUUUCCUAAACGGGCGGGACUACCGCAGCGGGGAGCCUGUGGGCUCGGGGGACCCCUGCUCGCACUGCCGUUGUGCCAACGGGAGUGUCCAGUGUGAGCCUCUGCCCUGCCCACCCACGCCCUGCAGACACCCAGGCAGGACCCCGGGGGAGUGCUGCCCUGUCUGUGACAGCUGUGAGUACCAGGGACACCAGUAUCAGAACCAGGAAACCUUCCAGCUCCAAGAGAGUGGCCGCUGUGUCCGCUGCUCCUGCCAGGCUGGCGAGGUCUUCUGCGAGGAGCAUGAGUGCCCAGGCACGCCCUGCACCCUGCCUGACUCUGGCCCCCAGCUCUGCUCAGUCUGCGUGCUUGAUGGAGAGGAGUUUGCUGAGGGUGUCCAGUGGGAGCCUGAUGGCCAGCCCUGCACGACCUGCUCCUGUCAAGCUGGGGUGCCUGUGUGUGGGACUUUGCUCUGCUCCCCAGCCCCGUGCCAGCACCCCACCCAGCCCCCGGGUGCCUGCUGCCCCAGCUGUGAGGGCUGCACUUACCACGGCCAAGUGUACGCCAACGGGCAGAACUUCACAGAUGCAGACCCUUGCCACACCUGCCGCUGCGAGGAUGGGACCGUGACGUGCUCCUUGGUCAACUGCCCUCCCACAACCUGUGCCAGGCCUCAGAGUGGACCCGGCCAGUGCUGCCCCAGGUGCCCCGACUGCGUCCUGGAGAAACAGGUGUUUGUGGAUGGUGAGCGCUUCUCACACCCCCGAGACCCGUGCCAGGAAUGCCAGUGCCAGGAAGGCCAUGCUCGCUGCCAACCCCGGGUCUGCCCCCGGACCGCCUGUGCCCACCCGCUGCCUAGUGUCUGUUGCCAGAACAACUGCAAUGGUUGUGCCUUUGGAGGGAAAGAGUACCCCAACGGGGCUGACUUCCCCCACCCCUCUGACCCCUGCCGGCUGUGUCACUGUUUGGGAGGCAAUGUGCAGUGCCUGGCGCACCGCUGCCCGCCCCUGUCCUGCCCAGAGCCAGUCCUGCUGCCUGGAGAGUGCUGCCCACAGUGCCCAGCCGCCCCCUCCGGCUGCCCUCGGCCGGGGGGCUUGGUCCCCGCCCGUCACCAGGAGCACUUCUCCCCACCCGAUGACCCCUGCCGCCGCUGCCUCUGCCUGGACGGCUCGGUGUCCUGCCAGCGACUGCCCUGCCCGCCCGCGCCCUGCACCCACCCGCGCCAGGGGCUCUGCUGCCCCUCCUGUGACGGCUGCCUGUACCAGGGGAAGGAGUUCGCCAGCGGGGAGCGCUUCCCUUCGCCCACUGCCGGCUGUCACGUCUGCCUCUGCUGGGAGGGCAGUGUCAGCUGUGAGCCCAGGGCCUGUGCACCUGCACAGUGCCCCUUCCCUGCCCAGGGUGACUGCUGCCCUGCCUGUGACGGCUGUGAGUAUCUGGGGGAGUCCUACCUGAGCGGCCAGGAGUUCCCGGAUCCCCACGAGCCCUGCAACCUGUGUACCUGCCUCGGAGGCUUCGUGACCUGCGGCCGCCGGCCCUGUGAGCCCCUGGGCUGCAGCCACCCGCUCACCCAAGCUGGGCACUGCUGCCCGACCUGCCAGGGAUGCCUCUAUCAUGGGGUCACUGCUGCCCCUGGAGAGACCCUUCCUGACCCACUAGACCCCACCUGCUCGCUCUGCACCUGCCAGGAAGGUUCCAUGCGCUGCCGGAAGAAGCCGUGUCCUCCGGCUCUCUGCCCUCGCCCCCCUGCAGGACCCUGCUUCUGCCCCAUUUGCUGCCUCUCUCCGGGUCAGGAGUACCAGGGCGGGGAGGAGUUUGAGGGGCCCGCAGGCAGCUGUGAGCGGUGUCGCUGUGAGGCCGGCCAGGUCAGCUGUGUGCGGCAGCCCUGCCCGCCCCUGUCCUGCCCGCUCCAGGUCACGGAGCAGGGGAGCUGCUGUCCUCGCUGCAGAGGCUGCCUGUUCCAUGGGGAGGAGCACCCCGAAGGCAGUAGCUGGAAGCCUCCCGACAGCCCCUGCUCCUCCUGCAUGUGUCAUGAGGGUGUCGUCACCUGUGCCCGCGUCCAGUGUUCCACCUCCUGCGCCCAGCCCCACCAGGGGCCCAGGGAUUGCUGCCCUCGGUGCUCCGACUGUGAGCAUGAGGGUCGGAAGUAUGAGCCAGGAGAGAGCUUCCAGCCUGGUGCAGACCCCUGCGAAAUAUGCGUCUGUGAGCUGCAGCCUGAGGGGACACCCAGCCUGAGCUGUCACCGGCAGCAGUGCCCCCGCCUGGUGGGCUGCCCCGCCAGCCAGCUCCUGACCCCCGGGCCCCAGCAAUGCUGCCCCACCUGUGCCGAAGCACUGAGUCACUGCACAGAGCACCUGCUGGGGUCUGAGCUGACCCCACCAGACCCCUGCUACACCUGCCAGUGCCAGGACCUGACUUGGCUCUGCAUUCACCGGGCCUGUCCUGAGCUCAGCUGUCCCCUGCCGGAACGCUACAUACCUCCUGGGAGCUGCUGCCCCGUGUGCCAGGCCCCCGCCCCGUCGUGCGCGCACCAGGGCCGGCUGGUGGCCUCCGGGGAGCGCUGGGACGUGGACGCCUGCACCAACUGCUCCUGCGUGGCAGGCACCGUGCGCUGCCACAGCCAGCGCUGCCCGCCGCUCUCCUGUGGGCCCGAAGAGGCCCCCGCCCUGAGUCCUGGCAGCUGCUGUCCCCGCUGCCUGCCCCGGCCCGCUUCCUGCAUGGCCUUCGGAGACCCUCAUUACCGCACCUUCGACGGCCGCCUGCUGCACUUCCAGGGCAGCUGCAGCUACGUGCUGGCCAAGGACUGCCGUGGCGGGGACUUCAGCGUGCACGUGGCCAACGAUGACCGGGGCCUGAGCGGCGUGUCCUGGACCCAGGAGGUGGCUGUGCUGCUGGGAGAUGUGGCGGUGCGGCUGCUUCAGGGCGGGGAGGUCACGGUGGACGGGCGCCCCGUGGCCUUGCCCUUCCUGCAGGAACCGCUGUUCUACGUGGAGCUUCGGGGACACACGGUGGUGCUGCACUCCCAGCCGGGCCUCCAGGUGCUGUGGGAUGGGCGGUCCCAGGUGGAGGUGAGAGUGCCUGGCUCCUACCGGGGCCACAUGUGUGGGCUCUGUGGCAACUUCAAUGGCUUUGCCCAGGAUGACCUGCAGGACCCUGAGGAGCUGCUCCGGCCCACUGAGGCUGCGUUUGGGAAUAGCUGGCAGGUCCCAGAGGGCCCAGGACCUGGUCGGCCCUGUUCCAAGGGCCGUGAGGUGGAUCCAUGCCGGGCAGCAGGGUACCGUGCCAGGCGUGAGGCCAAUGCCCGGUGUGCGGUGCUGAAGUCUGCCCCGUUCAGCCGCUGCCAUGCUGUGGUGCCGCCAGACCCCUUCUUUGCCGCCUGCGUGUAUGACCUCUGUGCUUGCGGGCCCGGUUCCUCUGCUGACGCCUGCCUCUGUGAUGCUCUGGAAGCCUAUGCCAGCCACUGUCGCCGUGCAGGGGUGACACCGGCCUGGCGGGGCCCCACACUCUGUGUGGUGGGCUGCCCCCUGGACCGUGGCUUCGUGUUUGAUGAGUGUGGCCCACCCUGUCCCCGCACCUGCUUCAACCGGCACAUCCCCCUGGGGGAGCUGGCAGCCCACUGUGUGCGACCCUGCAUCCCCGGCUGCCAGUGCCCAGCGGGCCUGGUGGAGCACGAGGCCCACUGUAUCUCACCCGAGGCCUGCCCCCCAGUCCUGCUCACUGGGGACCAGCUGCCCAGCCCUCCGCUCAACCCCAACCGGGAGCCCCAGGGGCCAACCUGAGCCAGGACAACACCAACCAGGACUCACCGGACAUGAAGUCUCCCCUUGGCGAGCACGUCUCACCCUGCCUGGGUGCUGGGAGGCUGGGCGUGGCUCCCACAA